AUGAAACCGCUAUCAUCAAAAAGCAUCCUUUUAACCAAGUCACUCGGUGAUUUACGUGGCUUGCUUCACGGAGAGAACUCACGCGUCGUGCUCCAUCGAAAUGCGAUUGCAACACUCCUCCAUGCUUUACAAGGAGAGGACACGGCAUUCAAUCUUCGCUCUCGGAUUACCGAUCAAAAUAUCGAUUCAGAUUUAGCAGAACCACUAGCUCAGCUUGUCAUCCAAAAAGCUGCCGACGUCGAUAUCUGGAAAGCUGUCUUCAGCCUCAUAUACACUGUAUCGCAAGCCACUCCACCUUCUCGCCCUGUAUCAUCAAUCCAACAAACACCCUGGCUGCGCAACACUAGCAGUUUUGCCAACUCGACAGAACGCCGAGACUACAUUGACAUCGUGCUGAAGGAGGAGCUGGGAGAGUUACACACCAACAUUCCUGGGUUCUUCAAUGCAUCCUUCGAGGGCAUACCACAUCUUGAUGUAGUUGCGCGAGCAGUGUUUGAAAAGAGCAAGGGGACAAACCUCUACAAUGACAACAAUGGCUGGCGGGACUGGCCCGAACAGGCGGCAGAAGAGGAUGUCCUGAGCUGGUUGGCCAAGAUUAUUGCCACAUCGGCCACUGCAGGGUCCAUCGCGCAGAGAAAACUGGACAUUGGCUUUGUUGAUGUUGAGAGCUUAAAGAACGACCCACAAUAUGACCGUCCCUCAGGAUCGUAUUAUGAUCUGGAAAGAUAUGCCAGAGAGGUUCUUGCCGCGCAGAACAGCCGCCGUUUUGUUCUUGGGUUGAUCCUGUGUAGGCCAUUCCUGCGACUGUGGAACUUUGACGGUCUGGGUGGAAUUGCGUCUGAGAAUUAUGACAUCAGCGAGGAGGAUGGCCUUCAAUUUGUUUCCAUUAUUCUUGGAUUCCUUCUGAUGAGCCGGGAGCAGCUUGGAUUUGAUCCGACCAUUGUCACCAUCGGGACUGAACGGUAUAUCAAGAUCGAGAAGGGCGGUGUGAAGGAACGGCUGAUCAUCGACAAGUUCAUUGGACGAGCACACUGCAUUGCUGGGCGAGCCACAACCUGCUGGAAGGCACACCGCGAGGCAGAUGAGUCACGGACUCCGCUGGUGGUCAAGGACUCAUGGCAAUACCCAGAGAGCACUGAGGAAGGGAAGUUGUUGCAAGAAGCAAUGAAGAGUGGAGUCAAGAAUGUUGCGAGAUAUUAUCCCCAUGAGACGGUUUGCAUCAACGGCAAGGAGGACGAUGUUUUGACUAUUCGAAAGGGUCUAAAUAUCCCAGCAUUGAAUGAUAACAAAGGCAGCUCGAAAGUGACACCUCCAAGUAAACGUACCCAGUCGAGUUCUUCUACUAAACCUACAGUGGACUCUAACCCACCAAACCGAGUGCAUCGUCGCGUGAUUGUCCAGGACUAUGGAAAGCCUAACUAUGAGAGUAGCUCGAAGGCAGUUCUGCUUGAUGGGCUGGCAGGUUGCAUUGAAGGAUAUAUAUCGCUCUAUGACAAGGCCGGUCUUGUCCAAAGUGACAUUUCCCCUUGGAAUCUGAUGGUGAAUGAGGAUGAUGACAACCCUUCAUGGCGUGCUUUUCUGAUUGACCUUGAUCUGGCCAUCAAAAAGCAGCGGGACAGGUCCUGCGGCGCGCGGGCAAGACCGGUACCAGGGCAUUCAUGGCUAUUGGUGUCUUGGAGAGACGGAGGACGCUUUGAGAAAUGGAACUAUAUGGAUACAAUAGAGUUGGCAGAGGCAAAAAAAGGCUUGAUAUCUGGUGAAGGGGAUUUCCUAAAGGCUGCAGAGACUAAUUUCACUCCAUACUAUCAAUCCUUGAUCCCCUGUGUGAAACGGUUACGUCGGCUUGUCUUUCCGGACGGCGAACGAUGGAAAAGACUGAAUCCUCAUCUCCACCUGAAUAUGAUCAAGGAGCUUCAGGAUGCACAGGAAAACCCAGAUAUCAUAGGCUAA